AAUUCAUAACCACAGAUUUAGUAAAGGUAAAGUUAUAACAUCAAGUCAUAAAAUUAAUAUACAAGACACAUAAAAUACAUAAUAGUCAAAGUAAAAAUGAUUUAAGAUUUACGAGCGAUCACUGAUCUGUGGAUGGAAUACUGAAUAGUAAUAAAUAAAUAAUUAACCUUGCAAACAUCAAAAAACUAAAGUCUAAAUUAUAAUAUAAUUUAUGCUUUUACAUCAAAAAAAAAUCUAAGAAUUGGUGUUAGUUGACGCUGAAAAUGUACUAGAUAAACAUGAUAUGGUGCUCCAUAACUCAGUAAAUUUCAGUAUUGAAUUUAUAUCAUAACUUCAACUCAUGAAGGCUCCAGUUGAGCCAAGUCAAGAAGAUUGUUGUAAUAGUGGAUGUAAUCCUUGUAUUUAUGAUAUUUAUGAGAAGCAAUUAAAGCUUUAUGAAAAAUACAAAAAUAGUCAUCAUGUGGCUACAGACCUUAAGGCAAAUGGAAUCUUGCAGGGUGAAUACACAUCAUUUGUAGUAACUAAUGUUUUCAACUUAUGUAACAUGCAUAAGCUGGUAAAAUUUAAAAAAAAGGAUAGUGGUGACAGAGUAUGCUGGAAAGUAGGUGAACAUUUUUAUAUUUUAUUUAAAAAAGACAACAACAAAUGUUCUCGUCCCUAUACACCCAUAAAACCUAAUGAAGAUGAUUGUGAUUUUGAAAUUAUAGUAAAGGUAUAUGAAAAUGGCUUAGUCUCAAAUUAUUUAUAUAAUUUAGUCAAAGGAGAUACUACUUUGUGGAGAGGGCCAUAUGGAAGGUAUGAAGUUACACCAAAUAAAUUUAAUAAUAUUAUUUUUAUUGCUCAAGGAACAGGUAUUAUACCAUUCAUCUCUAUUAUUCAAGAAAUUUUAAAUAACGAAGAUGAUAUGAGUAAAAUAUUAUUGUAUUAUUGCACCCAUUCGAUAGAAACAAUUUUAUUUAGAGAAGAGUUGUAUAGCAAGAAGUCAUUUUGGAAUUUUUCAUACAAAGUUUAUCUAAGUUUAAGUUCAAAUUCUGUAGUUAAAUAUGAGGAGCCAAUCUUAGAAAGGAAAUUAGAUGUUGGAGAUAUAGAUUUAUUAAAACCAGCUGUUUUCAAUCAAUAUGUAUUAUGUGGAUCAAAUGAAUUCAUGAGCUUUUAUAAAAAAAACCUUGUAACAAAUGAAAUUUCUUCACAAAAUAUAGUAUUACUUUAGAUUUUUUAUAUUUUAAAUUAAAAUAAAGUAUCAGUUUUUAAAGAUUUUCUUUAUUAUAAUUUUUGUUUCAAGUGUUAAUCCAAAAUACGUCAA